UCCGGAAUUAUGAGUUCCAUUCAAUUAGACUCGAUUAUUACCUUGUCUGAAAGCUUUCGUCAGGUGGCGUCACUUUACUUCCUCUUUUCCACAUCAUCACAGAAAUUUCAACAUGCCAGCACCAGCAAGUUCCACCUCAGUAGGAGCAGGGCGAAGCCCCUCAUCAAAGUCAGUCAGCCCAAGAUCAGGGGGAGGUUCCACAGUCAGACAGAGGAAAGCACCUUCUUCUGGUGGAGCCAAGAAAGCGGUGGCAGGUGGCGGGAGUGGUGCUGGAAUGUGGAGAUUUUACACAGAGGAUUCUCCAGGAAUUAAAGUAGGACCAGUACCAGUUCUUGUGAUGAGUUUAAUAUUCAUUGCAUCUGUGUUCAUGUUACACAUAUGGGGAAAAUACACCAGAUCAUGAGACGGAGAAAUUAUGAAAUCUGUGACUUAUUCAAAUAAAAACAUUUCCAGGGAGUUGUGUCAGAAAACAUUGACAUUAUAGAAAUAAUUCAUGCAUAACUUAAAUUUUUUAAAUAUAAUUUUUUUUCACAUUUUGGAAUGCAGCAUUUUGUAUAUUAUGUUUGUUAACAUUUUUUUUGAAAGUUGAGUCAUUUUGUGCAAGGGAAAAGUGGAAAGAGAGUAUGUGAGAGAAAUGAGAAAGAAAAAAAUAAAAGAUUUUAUUGAUAUUGAUAUGUUUCUUAUGGUUAUAAUGGUAACAAAAGAAAUAAAUACAGAGAAACACAA